UAACAAGAUGGCUGCUAUAGUAAAUGAGUAUGGUUGCAUCUGUUGGAAACAUCGCUGGUGUUCAUUUAUUACUGAAAAGUUUUAAUUCAAUUGUUUAGAAACAGGUACAUAAAUGAAACAAGGAAACAUUUUUGUAUUUUUCAAAACAUAAAUCCUCCUCAAAAUGUGAAAUAAUUAUUAAAAUGUAAGGAGUCACCUGUUUUUCACAUUACUAGUCGCGGGCGAUUUUACGUACCUAAAACGAUAGAUUACCCUAAAGCAUAUGAAUUAGUUAGUAAUAAAGUAAUCUUCCAUGAACACAAUGCAAGAGUUUGAACCAAGCGAGGAGCAGUAUGGCUCACCCCCCAAGGAUCAACAAGAUACCCCACAGGCUGCCAACAUAAAUUGUCCUCUGUGUCAACAAGAUCCUCCACAGGCUGUACUUGACAACGGAUAUUGUCUUCUGUGUGAACAAGAUACUUCAAAGGCUGUACUUGUCAACAGAUAUUGUCCUCUGUGUCAAGUCCCUAACUGCAAGCAUUUUGAGUUGCUUCAAAAAUUAAGGAAUCCUCCCACCUCAAAUGUGAAAUAUUGUGAGUUAAAAAACCAUAACAAAGAGCUUAAGCUGUUCUGUAAAGUUUGUAUCGAACCCAUCUGCGAGGAGUGCAACAAUGCUGAACACAAACUGCAUGAUGUUCAAGAAUUGUACAAAGUGCAACGAGAUUUGAAAAAGAACUUAAUGUUGCAAAUGUUGAAUAAAAAAUGCAUAAAUUCAGAGGCUGAUGAAAAUUCUUUGAAAGAAUCUAUUUUGUCACAAAUUAAAAAUAUUAAAACUGAAAUACAAUUAUGUUAUGAAAAUUUACAUAAUGAAAUAAAUGUAGCUCUUCAAAGGGCUAUAUACAAUUUGGAUAACCUAAGUAAAGAGCUACAAACAGAAUGUGACCAAACUUUGCAGAAGUAUAAAAAUUGCCAAUCUUUUCUCUCUGAGUUUGCAAAUGUUUUGGAAGUGUCAGAAGACAACCACAGCCACAUCAUCUAUGCUCUGAAAUUUAGGCAAGAAGUGUUGGAUCUCUUUUAUGAGUUGAACAACAAUAUACAACAGUUACCUAAGACAGUUGAGAAGUGUGUUUCUCUAACCUACCAGCCUGCAUUGCCAGUAGUGGAAGUUCAAGUAGCAGCUAAAAAUUUAAAGCCAGUCAGUGUCAACAGACUACCUGAUAAAUUUUUUAGAAAUGUUACCACUAAAAGUCUUAUUGUGUUGAGCAGCGAUGAGUGCUUAAUUUCAUGCAAGGCUAUUGCAUCCGAUUUACACCCUAUUUAUCUUUGUGAUACUUCCAAGACUGGAGACAUGUCGAUUCGUCGAUUUUUCACAGAUGGAGAGUGGUGUUUUCUGGCUCAAUUAAAAAGUAAGGAAAUCAUUGCUUUAUGCAAAAAUGGUGCAAGUAGUGCUGUUAAAUACAAUGAUGGUAGUUUUUUGUCAAGUUAUGAACAAUAUAUUGAGUUUGAGACUAUCAAAGAGUUGGACUCUCUGGCAAGUAGUAUUGCAGUAACUAAUGACAACAACAUUAUUGUAUGUGUAAGCUGUGAUGAGAAAAAAGAUCAGGACAGUGGCCAUGGCUAUGUGAUGUUGAUGUCUCUAAGAGGAAAAGUGAUCAGAGACACUGUGGCUGACUUUGGAAGGGAUAUGAUAAGUCCAGACUAUGUGGCAGUGAGUGACAGAGGAGAAAUUUGUGUCAGCAACUCAAGAGGAAACAGUGUCAUAAUUCUAAAUGAAGAUUUGGAAAUUGUUAAGAGCAUUGAGUUUCUGUUCCCAACUUCAUUCAUUUAUGCUGACCACCCAGAUAAAUUAGCAUUUCUUUUCUCCCCAUGUGGACUUUGCUAUGACCACUUAAACCGUAUCAUUGUAACUGAUCUAAAUCACUGUACAGUUCUACGCUUGAGUGUUGAUACAAUGACCAAAGAUUACAAGAUGGAACCAUUAAUAAUUAAAGGCAAAAAAUUGGAACAGUUCCAUUUUCCACAGUUUACUGCAAUGGGGACUGAUCGACGUUUGUGGGUUGUAUGUAAAGAUGAUCUUUUUGUUUUUGAAUAUUAUCAAAUACAAGUUUUUUCCAGUGUUGAGUAAAUUAAUUUCUUAUAAUGCGAUAUAAGUCUUAGUUGGGUGUAGUUGUUUAUAAUGAUUUAUAAAAUAGUUCUAUUUGUAAAUCAGGUUAUUAAAAUGUUUCCAAAAUCUGUUUUUAAAGGGUUUCAAAAGGCAUGCAUUUACUUGCAUUAUGCUAAAAAUCAAAAACACAAAAUAAUUUUAUCAAGUAAUUUGUAUGUUUGUAUUUAUGAAAACUGCUAAAAAUUAUGCAUGUGUAGGUGAUUGUCGCUAUUUGAUUACAAAGCUUGAGACUUGAUUUAAUGUAUAACUGACAUGAGUCAAGGCAUAUAGUAGUGGAUGUCAGUGAACUGACCACAGAAUCUCUUCCAAAGCAUUGACCAAACAAACAUGUGAACAUUACUUUUUUUUAACCUGUUGCAGACCAUUAGUUUUGAAAAAGUAUUUUAGCUUUUACUUUUAACAAGCUGCCUUAGUGUUCACUCGAUAAAUUAUUGAUUUCUUUCUUAUAUGUCACACACUUUUUUUUUUUAAAUCAAAGGUUACUUAAUCUAAUGGUAGUCAUUUAUUGUUUUAGUAGGCCCUAAAAGGAAGAUUCAUUUGAUUUUUUUAAUGAAAGUUUUAUUCUUUAUAUAAUUUGAGCAUGUUUUAAAUCAUUUCAUUUAUGCUUACCAUGUAUUUUUAAAAAGUGAAUGUAAUCAAAUCAAUAUUAAUUGCAUUUUCUUUUAUUUUCUGUAAGUAUGUUAAGUUAUAUAAGCCUAUUGGCUAGCUCUUGAAAUUACUAUAAUUUAUUUUCCUUAAGCACAGACUUUGGCAUUGUCAUGUUUUAUUAAUAUUUUAUUCCCUUGCAGUUUGUGUUUGACUAAACUUAUCUGAUCCAUUUUUUUCCACAUUUUUAAUUUUCUGCACAUUUUUGUACUACUGUUAAUCUUCCAGCCAAAGACUUACAUUACAGAAAUGUUUAAACUGUUUAAUUAUAUUAAAUGUUUGCCAAAAAGAUUUUUAAAAUUAUUGUAAUCGACAAAUAGAUCUAGGUUGUUAUUCUCUUUCUCACUGUCAGCAUAACUUUCCAGAAUAAUGGUCACAAGCCAGACCAGUCACAACAGGAUGAAGAAUCAAGCAUUUUUUAUGCCCUUAUCACACUCACUAAACUCUUGGGUUUUGGUCAGCUUCCUCCACCAGUGCAUCGAGCCAUCUGAUUUGGAUAUUGGUUGAACAAUAACCUACAGUUCAUAACCCGAGUAUUGUGAUCAUGAAAUUCGUGCCUCCACUGCUAGUCCACACCAAUCACUAAAUAUUUCAACUUAGUCAACAAUUUACCAUUAUUUUCUGCAUUGCCUAUUCUUAUUUACAGAAUUUACUUAUUAUACCUUGUGGCAUUAAGUAGUUAGUACCAGCAUUAUUGUGUAAAGUCGAGGUGGUAACACUGCCAUGUCUAAAGGUUGAUUGAAUGUUUACAGAUGCCUUUAAAAUAUAUUAAUGAUGUUUUUCAACACAUUUUUAAAAGUUCCCGUAUGCUGUUGAUAGUACUUACACUGCCAUCAGGAUGGAGUUGCAUUUCAAUCAACUACCUACCUAGAGGUCUUUCAUUUCUGUUCAGAGUGUACUGUUGGUAGGAUGUCAUUGAGUACAGAAAGCUCUAAUGGGUACCUGGCUCUAGUCGGGGAAAGAAAUGGCUGUUGUCUACAAUCCUUUCUUAAGCUGAUGUCACACAAACAGGCUCAAUUUCCUAUGCCCAAUUGCUUUUGUAAAACAUUGUUUAACAAAAAAUGGUUGACUUUAUUUUUUUAUAUUACUUCUGAUAUUGAAUGUAUUUACAUUUGUUGUAUAAAUUAUUUCUUUUUGUAUGAUGUAAGAUUAAAACAAGCAAGGCUGCUGAGUCAGGUGUAGUAGGAGUUUGAGUAGUUCAAAAUGUGUCAACUGACUUUGAGUAAAUUACAUGAGAGUAAAAUGUCAUCAGUAGAAGAUAAACAUAUAAAGUAUUAUAAACAUUUUCUUUUCCUUUAUAUUGUGAAAUAUUUGUCAAUGUUAACAUUUCCAAAAAAUUUUCUUAGCUAUAUUACAGUGCUGAAAAAGUUAUUAUAUGGAGUUUAUUUAAAGACAAAGUCUGGUAAGUAGGGAUGAGUAAACAAAUAUCAAUAAUAUGUGAUGUGUAGGUGAUAUAUUAGCUGGGGCUGGUGAGGGGGCUUUUAAACUGUACAGUCAUGUGAAGGUAGUCCUAUUGAGGGAUAAUCUCAGCAGCCUUGCAACUGAUAAUAGUAAAAACUAAAAAAAAAUUUCUAGACCUCUUAAUCUUGAGAGAACAAUUUAUGCAUUUUUGACUUGUAUUUUUUUAAUGAAAUGUACCAAAUAUAUGAUAUAUCAGUAUAUAACUUAAUUAUCAAAUUACAAUUCACUAUAAUGAGCUGGUUUCUUUAAAUACAUCUAUAAAAUUUAUAAAUAUUUUAUUCCAAAAUUAUUUUAAAACAUUUUUAACAUAACCUUAAUCAUCUUUAUUUUUUUUUCUUUAAAUUAAUUUGACUGCCUUUUUAAUAAACUACUGUUUGAAAUGUU